AUACAUCAGCAGAUAAGGUGUCAUUUACAUUCCUUCAACCUUUCGCAGAGCUUAGGGAAGAUCACCCUGUAACCUUUGCUCUAUUAAGCACUAUAAGAUGAAUGUUGUGUCAUUACAUCAGCAUUUAUGAGUUAAAGGGAGUUGGACUGUUGUGUAAUGAGCACAUGUACUUGUCUUUACGACUCACUGGGCAGGGGGAGCUGAGGAACGGACCAAGUGGAAACAAACAUGAGCAGAGUUAGAAGACCCUUUAAGAGCGCUCUGAAGUUCACACCUGUUAGCAAACGAUACAGAGACAUUGUAUCUUGGAGGCCUCAGCUUUCAGUCCGUGGGUGUGGGAAGGUAUUGUACACAGGGAACCAGUGAAUCAUACUUACCAGUGCAUCAGGAGUGAGCAUGAAGAGAUUGACCCGCAUCAGCUCCAGCGGCAUUGAUAACCCCAGCCUGGAGCUCAGUGGUGCAGCGCUCAGUCCGGCCAGUGGUUCCUCUGCCUCUGUAAGGUCGGCCUCCGUGGUGCAGUCUGUUAGCCAGUGGGCAGCUUAUGCUCGGGGCCGCUGGAAACGGGCUGCCCGAAAAUGUGUGAGGAAGAAACCGUCAGACCAACCUAUAGGAAGCAAGUACAAGGGUCUUGCCUGGGAUGAAGAUGCUGUAGAUGGAGGUGAUAAAGAGCAAAAUCUGAACAAGUGCCUGUUGGAUCACUUCAGAGUCCUGGGUGCCAGCAACAAGGACUCAGAUGAGGUGGACCUGCAGUACCUGAACAGUAUCCUCACAGAGGGAGCUGACCCCAACUCCACAGACAAAUAUGGACAGACUGCCCUGCAUGAGAUCUCUCGGGCCUGGAAUGUAGAUGUGAUGAGGUUCUUCCUGGAGCGAGGAGCAGAUAUCCUGAGGGCUGAUGCGUUUGGGGUCACAGCCCUGCAUGUGGCUGCGGCCUUGGACUACGAAGAUAUGACUUGUUUUCUUCUAGAAAGAGGAGCUGACAUUGAGGCACAAACUCACAAAGACUUUCAAACACCUCUACACUUUGCUGCUAAGAAUGAUGCCAUUGGAGCAAUUCAGAUUCUAUUGCGGAGUGGAGCAGACAUUGCUGCACAUGACUACAAACAGAGGACUCCUCUACAACUGGCUGCCAAUCUGGACCGCAGUGAAGCGGCACGCACGCUGUUGGAGUUGGGGGCGGAUGCUGGUGUGCGAGAUGCUGAUGGACAGUUGUGCAUUACAGCCAUGAUUGGCAAGAUGACAUCAGUGGCCAAUCUGGCACUGAAUCAGUUCCACGUGAAGGACCAAAAGACCCGACAGCAGUUCUUCUACCUUCAGCUGCUGGAGCCAGAUCCCACAUGCAAGACUGACUCAAAAGGGAGGGUCUGCAGAGAGCCGACAUCACCGCUGGAGUUCAUCAUCCAUCAAGGAAAGCUGGAUCUCAUUAUGCAUCCUGUAGUGAUGAAGCUCAUCACAGUCAAAUGGAACCUGUAUGCCAGACUGGGUGCCUGGAUUCUGCUGUUGCUCAACUUUUUAUUUAUUGUUUCCUGGACAAUAGUGGCCAUAUCUGUCUCUGUAUCACGAGAGGAGGGUGAGCGCUAUGUUUUCCCUCAGGACUGGUGGCGUGUGCUUGUGGUGGUGUUGGCGUUAGGGCUGACUGUGUUGGAGGUGUACAGAGAGGUGAUGGAGAUGCUGCACUCUGGCCGAAAGCUGCAGGACUGGCAGCAGUGGAGUGAACGGAGACUCAGAGAAGACCUGGCCCGAGCGCACCCCAUGUGGCCUGAGGAACGUCUUUACUUAGAGGGGCAAAUCAAGCUCAUCUGCAAUUUGAAGGGGAGCUACUCACAAGACCCCUGGAAUAUAUUUGAUUGGCUUGUGUACAUAUUGCUGAUGUCAGUUUUGGGGGUCCACCUGGCCGACAUCUACCUGGUGUCCCACACACUCCGAACAUACAGCCUCCGCAUCUUCGCUGUGGCCAUCAUUUUCCUCUGGCUGAGGCUGAUGAAGCAUGUCCGAGCUUUUAGGGCUAUGGGUCCCUUUAUUGUCAUGCUGGGGAAGAUUGUGGGUGAUGUGCUGCGCUUCUUCUUCUUAUAUGCUGAGAUCUACAUCCCAUACGCCUGUGCUUUCUGGAUUAUAUUUGGAGGCCUAGCUGAUGUUCCCAGUAUGCAGACAGUGCCUCAGCUGCUCUACAGUCUGUACCGGAUAACCCUGGUGGAUGAAUAUGAGUUUGAUGCCAUGGUGGCUGUGGACUCCAUCAUGGCUCACUUGCUCUGUGGGACAUUCCUGGCCCUGUCUGCUGUCCUGUGUGUCAACCUGAUGAUUGCCCUGCUGUCUGACACCUUCCAGAGAGUGUAUGACAACGCACUGGCCAAUGCAGUGAUGCAACAGGCGUCCAUCAUCCUGCAGGUAGAGGAAUCCAUGCCUCAUCUGCGUCGCUUCUACGACAACCGGUUCAUCCACCGCUGCUGUGCCCCUCUAGAGGAAUUUUAUGACGAUAACAUCGCAACUGAUCCAGAUCAGCAUGAAGAGAUGAAGAAGCUCUCAGCAGGGAUCAAGGAUACUCUGGAUGAAUAUCUAGACAUCCAAAAACAGACAAAACCACCCAGACGGGCCCCCGCAGAUGAUAGUAAGAUAAGUCCCAGAAAGAAAAGCUCCACGUCUCCAGUGCAAAGAGAAGAUCUUACCACUCUGACAAAACUUGAAAACACCCAGCAGCAACAGUGUCAGGAUCUGCAAGACUUACGAGAAGAUGUAAAGAAACUACAGGCACUGCUGCUCCAACUGAUUCAGUCAAAGCCUUCAAUGUCAGCCGAUGCUGUUCCUCAUACAUCUUCUGUGACUACUGGGUAGGCUGAAACGGCCAAAUGGCACGAUAUUUUGGACUAUGGACCAUAAGAAGACUUCCUGAAUCAGAGCCAAUGUGUGUGGAAACUACACAACAAACUCUGUAAUGACAUGAGGACAAUGGUGUAAUAUUGAUCAGAGCUCUGCUGAAAACCAGUACAGAUGGGGGGGCAUUUUGCAUUAAAGGUCCCAUAUCAUGGAAAACUGAUUUUAUCUUUUUUUAAUAAAUGAGUUUAACGCAGUAUGUAAACAUUGCAAGUUUAAAAAUAUACUGGUCCACAUUCCAUACAUGUCAACAUAUAGAAAGUCAGCUGCAAAAACAGUCAGCUUUGAAUUUGUUUUGUGAUGUCACAGAAAUCGACACAUUUAUAUUCACCAGUGGUGGACAGUAACUAAGUAAAUGUAAU